ACGCAGACCCGUCGCGACGCUACGCUGCCGAUCACGCACUCCACAAAACGCGAGUCAGAUGUACGGAACGUGAAUUAAAUAUUAACGUAAAAACUUGUCGAAUUAAAUUUAUUACGGUCAUGGCGACUUGUCGAUUAGCACGUCGGAAUUUCGUUUGAGAAAAUAUUAUGUAGUAAAAUAAUGUGGGGGAUGUCGCGGCUUCGCUGAAAAAAUUAAUCUGAUGUUUGGGUGCUGUGAACGGAUCUAAUUUUUGUGCGAACGAUGUAGUUUUCGAAACGACUUUUAAGGAUAUCUUGGACAAUUUCCGACCCAUAUGCCUGCGCGGAAGGGGCUCUUAGCGCCCCAAAAUACAUUUUUGGAUACAAUAGCGACAAGAUUUGAUGGCACUCAUUCGAAUUUCGUGUUGGGCAAUGCACAGGUGCCCACCCUGUACCCGAUCGUGUACUGCAGCGAUGGGUUCUGCGAGCUCACCGGGUUCGCGAGGGCGCAGAUCAUGCAGAAGGGGUGCGCUUGCAAGUUCCUCCACGGGCCGGAGACCAAGGACGAGCACAAGACUCAGAUCGACAAGGCGCUCGAAUCCAAGAACGAGCUCAAGCUGGAAGUCAUUUUUUACAAGAAGAAUGGAACUCCGUUUUGGUGUUUAUUAGACAUAGUACCGAUUAAAAAUGAAAAACGAGAAGUCGUUUUGUUCUUGGCGUCACACAAAGACAUCACAAAUACAAAAAUGGCAGAGAUGUCUGACUGCGAGUUGUACGACAGCGCGGCCGUACUCGGGGCCCGGUUCCGCGGUGCUGACUCUUGCCUCCUUGCAGACGCCAACGGUAACCUGGAUCCGGAGGCGCCGCCCGCCAACUACGGACGUCGGAGAUCUAGGGCCGUCCUCUACCAACUGUCCGGCCACUACAAACCGGACAAGAUGAAGACCAAGCUCAAACUCAACAACAAUCUGUUGAGCUCGACGCCGGCUCCAUUACCUGAGUACAAGACUGCUACAGUAGAAAAAAGUAGUUUAAUCAUAUCGCACUAUGGAAUGUUCAAAAGUGUCUGGGACUGGCUCAUACUUAUAGCAACGUUUUAUGUUGCGGUCGUGGUGCCCUAUUACGCCUGUUUUUUGGACAACGAGAGGGCGGCCGCCAAUGUCGACGUGGUUGUGGAGGGUCUAUUUUUUAUAGAUAUAGUGAUUAAUUUUCGCACGACGUAUGUGAACAGAAAGGGCGAAGUGGUGUCGAACUGGAAGGCGAUUGCCAAGAAUUAUCUGCGCACGUGGUUUAUCGUCGAUUUCUUGGCUGCACUACCCUUCGAUUUGCUAUAUUUGGUUUAUGGGGAAGAGAAUCCAGGACCGACCCACACAAACCUGAUCAAACUGACAAGACUGCUUCGACUGGCGAGAUUGCUCCAGAAGAUGGACAGAUACUCCCAAUACAGUGCCAUGAUCCUCACGUUACUGAUGUUAUCGUUUACGUUAGUUGCACAUUGGUUAGCGUGCAUUUGGUACGUGAUUGCAGACAGGGAAGAUAAGAAUUUAGGUUGGAUUAAUAUCCUUGCUGAAAGACUGAGAAUCAACAAAUCGGAGGUUGCCAACAUGGACACGUACGUAACCGCCUUAUACUUCACCUGCUCCAGUUUGACAAGUGUUGGAUUUGGGAACGUCAGUGCAAACACCACCAGUGAAAAAAUAUUCAGUAUAUGUGUUAUGUUAAUUGGUGCCCUGAUGCACGCCGUGGUGUUCGGUAACGUGACGGCGAUAAUUCAAAGGAUGUACUCGAGACGGUCGUUGUACCAGACCAAGUGGCGGGACCUUAAGGAUUUCCUCACGCUGCACCAGAUACCGAAGGAGCUCAAGCAACGGAUGCAGGAUUACUUCCAGACAAUAUGGUCGCUCAAUCAUGGCAUCGACAUUCACGAAACGCUGAAGGAGUUUCCGGAGGAGCUCCGGGGGGACGUGUCGAUGCACCUCCACCGCGAGAUUCUGCAGCUGCCGAUAUUCGAGGCGGCGUCCCAGGGCUGUUUAAAAUUACUUUCCCUCCACAUCCGCGCCAACUUCUGCGCUCCUGGUGAAUACCUCAUACAUAAGGGGGACGCCCUCAGCUAUCUCUAUUACAUCUGCAACGGAUCCAUGGAAGUCGUCCAGAAUAACAUGGUCGUCGCUAUUUUAGGAAAGGGCGAUUUGGUGGGCAGCGACAUAAAGCUGCAUCUGCAGCACACCACCAACGGGCCAACGACUGAGGGAAAUCGAACCGGGGGCGACAUCGUCAUUAAAUCCAGCAGCGAUGUUCGAGCCCUAACCUACUGUGAUUUAAAGUGUAUUCACAUGCAAGGCCUCGUCGAUGUCCUGAGGUUGUAUCCGGAAUAUCAGCAGCAGUUCGCCAACGACAUACAACACGAUUUAACGUUUAACGUCAGAGAAGGAUACGAAGUCGAGCAAGAGUCUGAAACCAACGGAUUACCAUCCCUAACUCUUCCAAGUAUCAGUGAAGACGAUGAAAAUCAACAAGAGGGAGCCUCAUCACCAGUUUCCCCCAAUCGUUCACCAAUCCAUGCUGUCACAAACAGCCCUAGACAUGCCAAAUUUAAUCUCAGGUUGCAAGAAUUCCAAGAGUCAGUAACACGAAGACCCCGCCUAGGCGGCAUCGCAACGAAUCACCUCGCCAUGCUGCGAGGACGAGUUGAACGACAACGCUCCGUCAUCAUGCCCAAGCACAACUCCUUGGAAGAAAUCGAUUGCGGCCUCAGAGAUGAACCUGACGUUACGAGAAACAGCGUGGAAAGACUGGAUAAUCAGAUCUCAACGCUUCACCAAGACGUGGCCACGCUCAGCAUGGAAGUGAGGAACGCGAUUCAGGCUCUGCAGGAGAUGGCCACGCCUCCAUCCAUGUCCUCAACAAAUUACAGCGCCCAUUCCAACCCGAAUCUGGCUCAUCUUCACCACAGCGGGAUUCUGGCGAGGAGUUCGUCCCACCCUCCGGAGAUGUUCUGUUGGGACGACAACUCGACACCUCCAUUCCAUGCGCUAUCCAACGUCACGUAUGAGGACAAGGAGACGCAAACCGUCAACAAUUACAUCGACAUCAUUCGACAAUAUGUGAUCAGGAAUCCGAGGGAGGCGCUUAGGUGGCUGGGUCUGGAUCCGGAUGUAAUAAUGGAGAAGGCCACGAUUAAGAAAAGUUUUAGUAUACCCAACAAUAGGACGAUUGCUAGCCUAAGUAGUGUCAAUGACGUGACGAUAGAUGUGGAUGAUGAGGAGGAACAUAGUGAGGACAGUCCAUUUUUGCCCGAACGGGGUGCACAAAUUUUCGAAAACAUACAAUCCCAGAAUAAAAUUAAAAAUAAAAUAAGUCUAAAUGAAUGAGUGACAAAGAACUAAAUUUUUCAAAAAUGCUAAAACAAAAUGUAAUACAAAAUCAAUAUUUAAAGCUUAUCACAUAUUAUAGUAUCAAAUAUGAUUUGGUUGUGUAGGCUCUAUUGCGUUGUGAAUUAUUAAAUUAUAAUGUACAUUUAGUGAUACUGACUCGAAGAUAGAGAUAGUUAAGUUUGAUACUGCAGAUGAUGUUAUAAAAUGUGAUAUACCUUCUUUGUUGAUUCAUUUGAAUUUAUAAUAAUACAUUUAACAUAUUCUAUUUCAGAUAGAGUCAAUUAUUUUUCUAGUAAAAAAGCUUGAAGAUGUGUAACAUCAUCUUUUAUACAAAACAAUUUUGUUAAUUAUUUGUUACAUUUGUUUAAAUAGUUAUUAAUUUAAAUUCUUGUUAAAAUUUGUUAUUUAUUAUUUAUGAAACUGUUUAAAUUUAUAUCUUAUGAAUUUUAUAGAAUUCUUAGGAUAUAUAUUUUAGGAAUCUUAAUAAAUUUUGCAUGCCAAUUAUUAAGUAAAUAAAGAUUACUGUUAAAAUCAGCAAAUUAAUUAAACAUACAUAUAAGAUUAAACAUUAUCAAAUCAGUAUGUUCCAUGUAUGUUGACUGUGAGUAUUUUGAAAACUUGAGCAACAUGUACUAUAGUCUAUCUAUAUUUUUUUAAAUGUUGUAAAUUUUAUCUUAAAAUUAAAGAGAUAAGUAGAAUAA